CGAGAGCUAAACCUGACUGCUAGCUUCCUAGCUAAAUUUAAUAUCCGUUUUGUUUAGUAAAGAUAGCUUUCAUAACGACAAUUGAGUCCAGUGGUUAGUAAGAGACGCUAGCCAGCUAAAGAUAAAUAUCUUGCAAAAAAAUUGAACACGAUAUGCAUUUAUUAAGUUCAGCUAGCUAGCUGAGCGCUAUGUCAUUAUUUGUGGUUUUAGUCGUGUCAAAUGCAAGUGUUACACUGAAGCAAGAUAGAAAAAACAAAGGUAUUAUUUUGAAUGCAAAACAGAAUGCAUAAUUUAAUUGGAGUGGCGUGCAGUCGGUGGUUGCGUUGUUUCAAUAGAACACAUUGUGUGACAACAUUGAUCUCGAGUGGUCAGGAGAGAUGGUUCAGUACAACAAAAAGUCGCAUGACAAUCAUGCCUGCUUGGGUUAUCGAUAAAUAUGGCAAUAACAAGGUCCUGCGGUUCACAAAAAACGCCAGUUUCCCUAUCAUCCAUUAUCCCAACGAGGUCAUCGUCAAAGUUCAUGCAGCAGGUCUGAAUCCAAUCGAUGUCAGCAUGAGAGGUGGCUAUGGGGCUGCCACUCUGGCUAUGAAACGAGAUCCCCUGAACCUCAACCAAACAGGAAGCGAGUUCCCCCUUAUACUGGGCAGAGAUGUAUCUGGAGUUAUCAUGGAGUGUGGUCUGGACGUGGCCUACUUCAAAGAGGGGGAUGAGGUGUGGGCAGCCAUUCCACCAUGGAAGCAAGGAAGCUUGGCAGAGUUUGUAGUGCUAAGUGCCAAUGAGGUGGGCCGUAAGCCAAAGUCGCUCAGCCACACGGAGGCGGCAGCUGUGCCCUACGUAGCAGCCACGGCCUGGUCCGCCAUUGUCAACACGGGAGGGCUCAACAAAGACAACUGUGCUGGGAAGCGCAUUCUGAUUCUUGGAGGAUCCGGUGGUGUAGGGACAUUUGCCAUACAGUUGGUAAAGGCCUGGGGUGCACAUGUGACGGUGACCUGCUCUAUGAAUGCUCAGAGGCUGGUGAGGGGACUGGGAGCUGAUCAUGUGGUAGACUACACUGCUGGCCCUGUGGAAGUGCCCCUUAGAGCACUGGAGAAGUUCGACUUGAUCCUAGACAACAUAGGAGGGGACACGGAGCGCUGGGCUCUGGAUCUGCUCAAGCCCUGGUGCGGCGCCAAAUAUGUCACUUUGGUAACGCCUUUUCUCCAGAACACCGAUUUACUGGGCAUCGCCGAUGGAAUGCUCCAGACCGGAGCUACUGUGUUGUGUAAGGGCUUGAAGCACUUAACCAAGGGUGUGCACUAUCGUUGGGGGUUCUUUGCACCCAACGGACCCGUUCUGGAUGAUAUCAGCGAGAUGGUAGACGAAACAAAGAUCCGAGCAGUGGUGGACGAGGAGUUUGGCUUCUCCCAGGUGCCGCAGGCCUUCCAGAAGAUGGAAAAGGGCCACGCCCGCGGGAAGACUGUCAUCCACAUCAGCAGCGGAGACUCUGUGUAACCAUGAAGCCUCGUUCGCCCCUCCACCCUGCCGGGCCCUCUGUGGCCUGUCUCCUGGAAGAGCGUCCUUGUACACACCACUGAUUAGAAAGUCAUUGAUGUUAAAGUCAUUUUAAGAGCCAUACUUUCAGAAAUGAAAUCAGUUUGUAGUGUUGUGGUACCCUUGCUUAGAGGUUUUCAAUAAAAUACCUUUGGUAGCGGUAAAUACAAUUGUUUUAUGGCAGCCCAGAGUGGACAAUUAAGCAUUUGAGAUGAUAACGGAACACAAUCUGAUAUGGUAACGAAAGAUAUUUUGUGAAAGGCCGAGUUUAUAAUUGGCAUCUGUGAAUUUGAUGGCUUCAAACAUGACGCGUUUGUGUUAUGUCUAUGGCUGAGAGAGAAUGUACACUAUGUAUGGUAAGCAUGCCACUAAUUCUUCAUGGGUGCAUAAUCAUUCAGUGUAUGUAAGGGACUUCACAAUAAGGAACACAAGCAACAAAACAAAUGCUGUUUAUUAUUUUCAAACACAACAGCAAUUUUAUUAUAUGCAUGUUUACAUUUAAGACCCAGUAGUAGUACUAUAGUAUAUUUUACUGUAGUAUAAAGCUGAAAUUGCAACAGUGUUUAAUGAAAUCUGCAGCAUACACCCAACACUCAUAUACUUAAAUCUGCAACUAUAGUUUAUACACUUGAAAAUUAAAAACUUCCUUUUUGUGGAAUUUUCAUCUUUGUCUUCAUGUACUGUGAUAUAACAAACAGUAGCAUCAAGGAAGUGAUUAAGCCAAGCAGCAUUGAUAUGGUGUGUGAAACUCAAGUUUGCUUCAGAUACAGCAAGAAAGUAUGUCCUGUUUGGAAUGCUCUGCUAUAGUUGGAGACUUAAGCUAAGAAGAAAAACUAACCAAUGAACUGUCAUAGUAACAGUAUCCACUAUCCAGUAUACUGGAUGUCAUUGAUAAAGCAUUGUAAACAACA